AUGCCGCUGCAUCCCACAGUAUUUGGAAGUAUAUGUAUGCCAAAUGAAUACAUUUGCUUUUGUGGAAAACGUGUAACACCUUUUCUAAACAUUUACGUCCCUUGUUGCAACAAGUGGGCUCAUCGUCAUUGUUUACAGUUUUGGGCAUAUUCAUCUGCUUCACUUGUGUCAUGUCCUAUGUGCAAAAACACUGAUGAUUUUUGUGCAGAAUUGAGAAAUAUUGGGAUUUAUAUUCCCGAACAAGAUGCUUCUUGGGAAUUCAAUAAUGCUUUUAACUACUUAUACCAAAAGAAAAAGCAGUGUAUUGCUGAUGUAUGUAAACAUUCAAAAUCUCGCAGUUUUUCUAGAGAAAAUAGUGAGUGGAAAAUUUUAAUAUGCAUGUUUUGCGGAUCAAAUGGAUGCCAUAUAAAAUGUUUACCUGAACCAUUGACAGAUAUAUCAGAAUAUGCUUGCACAAUUUGCAAAAAGAUCUGAACAACAGAUAGCCG